AUGGAUACAAGCUGCUCAAUUAAUGCUUUCAUAUCAGCCGAAGGACAAGAGUUUACUGAUCUUUCUUAUUUAGCACCGUUUGUGGUCGUUAUUCUGUUUGUACGUGCAAAGGAUUACUUUUUGUACACCUGCUGUACUUAUAUCAAGGUACAAUUUAAUCUACUGCAGAAAGAAUUUGAAGAUCUUCUCUCGCCCUCGGACAAUGUUCAAAAUUCUAUCGAUGUUAUUCCAUUAUCAGAAUUUUAUUCGAAGUUUAAAGAUUUAGUUACACGGCACCAGGAAUUAAUAAGAUCUGUGACCAUGUUAGAGGUAAUAUUUACGAAAUCAAUGUUGUACAAUAUUGGAGCGAGUUCCUUAACGAUAUGUUUGACUUUAUUUAAUGUUACAAUAAUCAAAGAUACUGUUUUAGUGAUGUCAUUCUUUAUUUUUCUUUGCGUGACAUAUCUACAAAUAUACUUUUUGUGCAAUUUUGGUCAUAUAAUAUCGCAAUCGUAUAAAAUGUACGGCAAUAUUUUAUUGCAGAGUAUCGAAGUAAGUGACGGUAUCUACAACAGUCAAUGGUAUUUGACAGACGCUUUGGUUGGAAAACAUUUGUUACUAGUAAUGAUGAGAUCACAGAGAAGGUGCAAAUUAACCGCUUACGGUUUCGCUGACAUCGACUUGAAAGUGUUUAUGAGGAUACUAAGCAACGCUUGGUCGUACUUUGCUCUAUUAAAAACAAUUUAUCCUUAAAUGAAGUAGCUACGCACAUAGACGAUAACAAUUUAUUCCGAACACUUAUUAUAGACAAAACAAUUACUCACUUAGUGUAAAUAAUAUGUUAUUAUCCUGCACGCGUUAAGAACUUCUAUAUGACUAAAAAUAUCCUCCUUAAAAUAACAAAAUGAUUAAUUUCGCACGCAUAUGUGUACAUCAAAAUAUGAACAGACUUAUACGACCUAAUUAGAUGUUUUUAUAUAUUCUUUAUUAUAACAGAUUACAGUUUAUAAUCGCGUGAAUUUUAAGAGAUUACCUAUUUAAGUGUAAUAGGUACUUAACUAAAUAUAUUACUCAGCUAUUUCAUGUGCCUAUAAAAAGUUUAUAUUAGCUGCGCUGUUUCGAUUAGGUAAAUAUUUUGAUCAGAAUGUCACUAUAAAAAGCAAAUGGAAAUUUAUUUAUAAUGUUAAAAGUAUAAAUUAUAUUAUUUGUUGAUUUUAUUAUAUAAAAAU